GUGUGACUCAAGGGCCUGUGAAGGUUCAUGGACAACCUCUUCACCAUGGCCAUAACCCAGUAGCUCCAGAGCCAGAGGAGACCCUUUUGCAAGAAAAAUGCUUCAUAGUCCCUCCACAUCUUUCCAGGAACCAGAAGUUAGGGAGCCUGCAGGACAGGGUGGAUGAGGACUCAGGUUCCACUGGCAGUUGGCCAUGAAGUCAUAGGGUUCUGUUGAGAAAAGGAAGGUUCUAGACUAACUCGGCUGUACCUGCCUCCUUCAGCAGGAUUCACUGAGGAGGCAGGUAUAAGGGCAGGACCCCACUACCUCAUACUUCAACUGCUCUCAGGGAAUCCACAGCCUUUCCUCCUGAGUCAUCUUCUCCCAAAGGUCCACAGUCUCCUCUCCGACCCUGUCUUCUCAAGAUCCAGACCUCUCCUCUCGGCCCUCACCUCCCUAAGUCCCAUAGCCUCUCUAAAUCCUUGCCUACACUGUCUCAAAGCCUUCUCUUCUACCCCUCAACUGGUCCCCAGUCCCUGCAGCUUUCUGGCCCUGAUUACUCGCCUCCCUUCAGCCAACCUCUCAGCCACCCUGGCCUUGGUGUCCAGCUCUGGGCAGUCACAGGAGCUGAUACCAUAACCUGAGCUACAGGUGGUGACUGCAGGUGAAGCCAUGUCAGGUGAGUGUAGAGGAGCGUAUAUGCAGAGCAGUCCCGCUUCUGGACCUCGUAGGGGUUGAUGGAGCUGGCCAGGUGGAAUAUUUACUAUUCUUGCUUCCCAGAACUGUGUGUCCUUCCUCGGGGCCCUUAACCCCUCUUACCUGAACCUCUAGCAGGGCUGAUCUCUGUGACUCAGUAAGGGCUCAGGUUGGCAUUGAGCAAGUUUACUGCUGUCUCCAUGCAUGAGCUCCCAAGGUGCCUCCUUCCAGAGCUAGCAGACAGCUCCUCACUCGGACUUUCACCUCCUUCACAACUGAGCAACGUCACACUCGAGGACCUGGAGCUGCUCUUAACAGAAGGCCUAGCUAGUCCUGAGCCCUUGUGUGUGGAGACCCCGGAGAGGUAUGAGUGCAGUGGCCUGGUAUCCAGCUCCUUGGUCCCUGAACACGACACUCCUAAGCAGCGGAAACUGCUGGAGCAAUGGGUAGCUGAGCUGCAGGCUGAGGUGCUUCGCCUGAGGGGACACAAGGACCGCUGUGAGCAUGUCACACUGGGCCUGCUUCGUGAACUGCUGCAGGUCCGUGCCCAUGUGCAGCAGCAGGCCUCCGAGCUGCACCAGCUGAGGCAAGAAGUGCAGCAGGCAGCUCGGAGCCCUAAGAAAGAGGCGCUAGAGUUGUCUGGACCUCAGAGCCAGAACCAGAUAAAAGCCCUGGAUAAAAGGCUGGUGGAGGUCCGAGAGGCUUUGACACAGAUCAGGAGGACACAGGUGCUACAGGACUCAGAGCGGAAAUGUACCGAGCAGGAGAUAAGUCUCAGGGUGACCAAGCUGACUGACUUGCUGAGGCAAGAGGAGCAGGGCCGGGAAGCAGCCUGCAGCACCCUGCAGAGGAACCAAGAGGACACCAACCAAAAGGUGGACCGUGGGUUGGCCAAGAUGCAGGACCAGGUGACUAAAUUCAGUGAGGAUCUGAGCAUCCGCUUCCUAAAGAGGGAGACCAAACUGUGCAGUUUUCUUCAGAAGUGUUUCAUGGCCAUGGAGCAGAGAAUGAAAUCUUCAGAGAGCACACGACUGAUGGCAGAAAGCAGCCUUCGAGAGGAACUGGAGAGCCGCUGGCAGAAGCUGCAUGAACUGACAGAGGAGCGCUUGCGGGCCCUGCGGACACAGCGUGAGCAGGAGGAGGAAGGUCACCUGCUGGAGCAGUGCCGGGGCCUGGACAAAGCCGUGGUCUACCUGACGAAGUUUGUGCGACAGAACCAGGUGUCACUGAAUCGUGUCCUGCUGGCUGAACAGAAGGCUCGGGAGGCCAAGGUGAGCUUGGAGGAGAGCCAGGCUGGAGAGCUGGCCACAUACGUCCAUGAGAAUCUGGAGGCUGUGCAGAUGGCUGGCAAGCUAGCCCAGCAGGAAACCCAGGGCGCACUGGAACUGCUCCAAGAGAAGAGCCAGGUCCUAGAGGGGUCAGUGGCAGGGCUGGACCAGAAGCUGAAGGGCCUGAAUGACCACUGUCUAGCUCUCAGCUGGAAGCUAGACCUGCAGGAGCGAACCGUAGACCUGAAGCUGUCCCAGGUACAGGCUGCAUGGGAAGGUGUGGAGAGGAAGUCCCUGCAGGGUCUGGUCCAGUGGCUGAAAGAGGUCUCAGCUCACUUGCAGGAGGUGCAGGAAAAAGUGAACAGCCUGCCCCAGCAGAUAGAAAGUGUCUCCAACAAAUGUGUUCUUCACCAGAAUGAUGUGGACCUGAAGAUCUCUGCUGAGGGCAAGGCCAGAGAGUUUGAAGUUGACGCUCUGCGACAGGAGCUAGCCACCGUGCUGAUGUCUGUGCAGUUUCUGAAGGAGGAGAACCCUGGGCGUAAGAUUGCAGAGAUCCAGGGCCAGCUGGCCACGUUUCAGAAGCAAAUAAUAAAGUUAGAGAACAGCCUCCAGGCCAACAAGACCAUCCAGAACCUCAAGUUUAAUAACGAGACCAAGCUGCGCACAGAGGAGAUUGCAGCCCUGCGGGAGAACAUGCUGAGCCUGUGGAGUGAGGAGGGCCCCUGGCCACUGACCCUGGGCAGCAAGCGGGUAUUCAUGUCCCUGGUGAGGCAGCGGUUCUUCAUCAAGGACAUAGCCCUGGGCGAGCUGGUCUCUGUGAACUCCUGGGGCGUGUAUCAGGCUGUGAGGUGGGCAGCUGAGAGCCUGGGUCUCCUAAGGGUAGCAGCCCAGCCACAAGGAGUUGCGUUGUGGAUGAGCUGUGUCUCUGGGCAGGUGGCUUCAGUGGAAGACAGUCCUCUUGAACUUGGUGGCCCAUCAAAGACCAGGAGCAAUCUCAGCGAUGACCCACUGGAAGCCUGUACCCAAGAUCAUGUCUCUGACCCUGUCCCAGAAAUAAAGACUCCAGUUCUCGUACCUGUUGGAGCCAGGGUCUCCUGUUGUCUGAUGGAAACGGCUUUUCCACAGCUCAUAGGCCUGAUAAGGGGUCAGGUAGUGAGAGAGACAGACCAAACUCAGAAGGCCCAAGUUGUCUGGCCCUGGAGGACCCUUCCUGCCCGGCCUAGCCCAAGGCACUUUUAUCACUUCUCACGGCAUUUUUGUGUAGAGGCACCCAGGCCACACCUGUCAGGACCCACCCCGGCUACCUGUGAGGACAAAUGUAAGGAGUGAGGACACGGAGUGUGUCCUCACAUCAUCCUCAACCCUGCGCAGCUGCCAUUAACCCUGAAGUGCCACAAAGGAAGCCACUUGUGAGCAUGAA